AAAAAAAAAAAAACCUCACCACCGGCACUAUAAAAGUCGCGUGGAUCAUCAUCCCCCUCCCUAAAACCUUCUUCUGACUAAAAAUUCAUCGUUUCCCUAACCUAUACUCGCUAGUUUUAUUUUUCUUCUUCCCCUCCCUUUCGAAAUCGCAAGUCUCUGUGUUCGCGUGUCGGAGAUUUCGUGUUUGACUAAAGCUUUCCGGGAGAAAAAAAGCUCUUCUCUGAGUGUUGGAUUAAGGUUUUUGUUUCGAUUUUUACAGUCUUAGGGUUUGGGUUCGUGAUGAGUGAGAAGGAUUCAGUGUUCCAGCCUCGCGAUUCGUCGCUGUUAGAGGAUGAUUGUUCUGGAGGCUUUGGAUUUGGAGCCGAAGACGAGGAUCUUAUGGUUGACAUUGAAUCGAUUUAUCGGAUUCUCGACGAGGAUCCUGAGGUUAGUGAAGAAUUGGUGACUCCGGUUAGUUCAUCUGUUGUAGAGUCUGGUGAGCUUAGUAACACACUGAUGAUGCAAAGUGGAUCUCAGGCCACUGAUUGGUUUCCUUACCGGGAUAUGUAUGGUCCUGGAGCCUCACAAAGUGUAAUACCAGAGCCAAGUUCAUUUGCUGACCCUGGGAAUGGAGGACUGGAAGCAGAUGCGACUUGUUUCUAUGACUAUGGUGGCGAUGUGGUCUCCUAUCCUGAAAAUUUUGAAUAUGGCACUGUAUCUAACCUGGAUGACAUGACAACUGAUUCCAAAUGUAUACCUUGCACCCCCACUGUGAUGACUCCCUAUUUCAAUGCCAUGCCUGGAGAGGACUCAGGAAUUGGAGCUAUGCAAAAUUCCUCCCUAAUGUCUCAUAUCUCUGAUGAUUCCAGUCCUGUUACUGAUUGUGCUGAUAAUUGUGCCUCUUCUGAACCAUAUCUCCACCAUACAAUGGAUGCAUCCCUAUCAGAAGUCUCCCCUAGUUACACAUUCCACUUAUUUCCCCAAAAAGAAGAAUUUGUAAAUAACAUGGAUAGUGGAUUUAGGGAGUGUCAGUCAGAUGAUGCAAGCUGGAUGGUUUUUGACAGACCUGUCGAACUAGAUAAUGGAACUGCAGAGAGGAACUCUGGGCUUUAUGUAAGCAGUGAAAGAGAACUCAGCAUCCAAUGUGAAAUCAUUCCUUCAGUUUCCCCUGCUUCUGUCAAAUUAUACAAUAGUUUUGAUGUUCAUCGAGUUGAUAAGGAGCUUCAGCAGCCUUAUAAUUGUUCAAGCAGCUUUCAGGAGAAUAGAGCAGUCCAUGUGAAUGUUAAACCAGAGCUUGAGUUGGAGAACACGGUUUACAGUUCAGUUCCUGGGAACUCUAGUAUAUGUAGUGAUGUUCAUACAGUUGAAGGAACGACUUUGCAAUGGUCUGGUGGAUCUAAUUGCGCAACCUCCUAUCAGACAGAUGUCGGGAGCGAAUACUCGUUUAUGGCACCUCCGACUUCUUUCCCUGGCCAAGUUAUUGACGGCAGAAGCUUCUAUAAUUGUUUCGAUUCAGAUGUUUAUUUGCAAAACGUAGUAGAACCUGACCCAGUAAAAUCUUGCUCUGGGUAUUUGGAUAUUCUGGUAGGAGGCGAGGACCAUGAAUAUAUUAGGAGGCGGAGGGCAGGCGUUAAUCUUUCUAGUUUCAGCUCUGGAACAGUUGAAAGUCCAUCUAAACGUAUACCUGAUCUAGAUGAUGAUUCUGAUAUCCAUAAAAUAGAAUCUUGUGGUGAAUUUUUUAAUCGAAACCAAUAUCUGGAUGUGCAGACACCAGUGUUUUCUUCAGAACAUUCUACAGUUAGUCGAACUUCUAAUCAUUGUGGAGGCUUGAAGUUUGAGUCAAACAAGGAAAACAUGAUCCUUCAUGCUGAUAUGCAGGAUCUUUCUCAGCCUAGUUUUGAAGCAAAUCCUCCUGACGGUGUCUUGGCAGUCUCGCUUCUUAGACAUCAGCGGAUUGCGUUGGCGUGGAUGUCCCAAAAGGAGACUAGCGGGAACCCAUGUUUUGGGGGGAUUCUUGCUGAUGAUCAGGGGCUUGGAAAAACAGUUUCCACAAUAGCGCUUAUACUGACAGAACGGUCUACACAUUCUCUACCAUGUGAAGAAGAUUCAAAGAAUAGAGGAAGCAAUCCAUUUGAUCACUCUCAAGCUGUUUUCAGUGAAAAAAAAGUCGCCAAAGAUAGUUUAUGCAAGAUGAACGGAAGGCCAGUUGCCGGAACUCUUAUUGUCUGUCCCACUAGUCUGAUGAGGCAAUGGGCUGAUGAAUUACGCAAGAAGGUUACUCUUGAAGCAAAUCUCUCUGUUCUUGUGUACCAUGGUUCCAGCAGGACAAAGGAUCCUCACGAGCUAGCUAAAUACGAUGUUGUCAUUACCACAUAUUCCCUUGUGAGCAUGGAAGUCCCGAAACAGCCUCUUAAUAAAGCUGAUGAUAAGGGUGGCAUACAUGAUGGAGGAGUCGAAUCUGCUGGUUUUGGCUCAAACAGAAAAAAUCCGCCAAAAUCUCAAAAGAAGGGGACAAAGAAGAGGAAACAUAUGGAUUGUGAACCUGUUGUGUUUAUGUCUGGUCCUCUCGCGCAAGUUUCAUGGUUUAGAGUUGUUUUAGAUGAAGCUCAGAGCAUUAAGAAUCACAAAACCCACGCUGCAAGGGCAUGCUCAGGCCUUCAUGCUAAGCGGAGGUGGUGUUUGUCUGGCACUCCUAUCCAGAAUUCAAUUGAUGACCUCUACAGCUACUUCAGAUUUCUUAAGUAUGAUCCUUAUUCUAGCUACCCAACGUUUUGUGAAACGAUUAAGAACCCCAUCAGUAGGUACCCUGUGAAAGGAUAUCAAACGUUGCAGGCUAUCCUGAAAAAAAUAAUGCUUAGACGAACCAAAGAUACACUUCUUGAUGGAAAACCCGUAAUCUCUUUACCUCCUAAGUCCAUUGAGUUGAGGAGAGUGGACUUCACCAAGGAAGAACGUGAAUUCUACUCAAAGUUAGAGUGCGACUCUCGUGAUCAAUACAAGGAAUAUGCAGAAGCUGGAACGGUGAAGCAAAACUAUGUAAAUAUAUUGUUGAUGCUGUUGCGUCUUCGUCAAGCUUGUGGUCACCCUCUUUUAGUAUCCAGUACGACAUGGACUUCCUCAACUGAAGUGGCUAGGAAGCUUCCAUAUGAGAACCAAACCUUUCUUCUACAUCGCUUAGUAGCUUCUUCACUAGCAAUUUGUGGUAUCUGCAAUGGUGCACCCAAAGAUGCGGUUGUUUCAAUUUGUGGUCACGUUUUCUGUAAACAGUGCAUUUGCGAAUUCCUUACUCGCGAUAAUAAUCAAUGCCCACUGUCAUACUGCAAAGCCGGACUUGAAAUUUCAUCAUUAUUUUCCAGAGAAACACUGGAAAAUGCUAUGCUUGGCUUGCAUAAACUUGAUGCUCCAUGUGAUCGUACCAUUUCAGAUCCUGUAGGGAGUAAUGAGCCUUGUAAUGAAAAUUUUCCAUGUGGUUCAUCCAAAAUCAAGGCUGCUCUAGAUAUCUUGCAAUCGCUGAGCAGACCACAUAGUCCGACAACUGUAGUUAAUGAUUUGAACCAGAGCUCUGAGAAUGGAGAGAAUAAUCAGCAACUUGACAAGUCAUCCAGUUUACCUGCAACUCCAGCGAAGAGUAGCGUGGAUGGUCUGGUUAAGGUAGUUGGCGAAAAAGCCAUUGUGUUUACCCAAUGGACAAAGAUGCUGGACCUGCUUGAAGCUUGUCUUAAGAGUUCGGGUAUUCAGUAUAGAAGGUUUGAUGGAAAAAUGACGGUAGCAGCUCGAGAUGCAGCAGUACAAGAUUUUAAUACUCUACCUGAGGUUUCUGUAAUGAUUAUGUCUCUCAAAGCUGCUAGUCUUGGGCUAAACAUGGUGGCAGCUUGUCAUGUUCUGAUGCUGGACUUAUGGUGGAACCCGACCACUGAAGAUCAAGCAAUUGACAGAGCACACCGUAUUGGACAGACACGACCAGUAAAAGUGGUGCGGUUCACAGUAAAAGACACAGUUGAAGAUCGCAUAUUGGCCCUUCAGCAAAAGAAGAGAAUGAUGGUAGCUUCUGCAUUUGGAGAAGAUGAAAAGGGUAGUCGGCAAUCGCAUCUCUCUGUGGAGGACUUGAACUAUCUGUUCAUGGCGGAUACUUGAAAAGCUUUUCUGACAAACUCAGGUACAUAUAGUAUAUAGGGUAUUCCGGGUUUGUGCAGUUUUUUAGCAGAAGAGAUCUUCUGAACUAACUUCAGGUUUGUGCAAACAUGGAAAUAGGAAA